ACGAGCGCCGUGUCCAAUGAUGUGGAACACGGUGCGGGAUGAUGGUGAUGGUGGUGAUGAUGAUGGUGCUGGUGAUGAUGAUGAUGAUGAUGAUGAUGAUGAUGAGAGGAAAACUGCGGUCCGCGACGCUCGAGAUGGACGUAAACUGAGGAAUGAGGUGCCUUUGCGAAAGACUCUGUGGAAAACGGCCUUGAUGAAACUCAGCUGCGAGGGAAAAAGAAAGAACUGGAAACGUGUCAUCGCCGCGCGCGUCUCCCGCUCGCGCCGCGGUGCCUCUUUUUGUCUUUGCCUCUCUCGGAAUGCACUGCAGCUCCACGCUAUGAUUCACUCACUUGCCGCAGCAAUGAGCAACCAAGUCCACAACAGCUCCUCCUUGAACCCGCUCGCCUGGGAUGUUCAAGAAGGACGGAACUCCUCGCCCGUGCGCACCGCCGACCUCCCUCCGCCGGUGGUCGUGAGCCCGUGGGACAUCGCGCUGUGCGUGACGGGGACGCUCGUCUCGUGCGAGAACGCGAUAGUGAUCGCCGUCAUCUUCUACACGCCCACCCUGCGAGCGCCCACCUUCGCGCUCAUAGGCAGCCUGGCCGUGGCGGACCUGCUGGCGGGACUGGCUCUCAUCCUCAACUUCAUCUUCACCUACAUGCUCGACACGGAGUUCGCGAGGCUGCUGUCAGCCGGGCUGCUCAUCGCCGCCUUCUCCGCCUCCGUGCUCAACAUCCUGGCCAUCACCGUGGACCGCUACCUGUCCCUGUACAACGCGCUCACCUACCACACGGAGAGAACGGUCACCUUCACCUACGUCAUCCUGCUGCUCAUCUGGCUGCUGUGCGCGGCGCUGGGCUCGCUGCCCGUUCUGGGCUGGAACUGCCUGCAGGACGAGUCCUCCUGCAGUAUUUGUCGGCCCGUGACUAAAAACAACGCCGCCCUGCUGGCCGUCUCUUUCCUGCUCAUCUUCGCGCUCAUGAUGCAGCUCUACUUGCAGAUCUGCAAGAUCGCGUUCAGGCACGCGCAGCAGAUCGCGGUGCAGCACCAGUUCAUGGCCACGUCCCACGCCUCCUCCACCACCAAAGGGGUGUCCACUCUCUCCGUCAUCCUGGGCACCUUUGCGCUGUGCUGGAUCCCGUUCGCCAUGUACUCCCUGGUGGCCGACUCCAGGUACCCGCUCGUGUACACGUACGCCACGGUUCUGCCGGCCACGUGCCACUCCAUCAUCAACCCCGUCGUUUACGCGUUCCGAAACCCCGACAUUCAGAAAUCCCUGUGGCUUGCGUGCUGUGGAUGCGUUCCUGCCAACUUCUCCUUGCGACCAAGGACGUCAAGUGAUGUAUAACAACGUCGUCAUUUUCCCCACUUCAAAUAUCGCUCAUAUUUUUUCAUAACUGUAUGCAGGAGAUGUGCACACGACGCGCGUCAUGACUUGUUUCCGUGACUUCGGAACAUGUAAGCUAUGCAUUGAUGCAAUGUAUCGUCCGCUGAAGCGAUCAGUCCGAUGCGCAGCACAAAGCGCGCACCCUUUGCUUUGGGGACAAAAAGGGAAUUUCGGUUUGCUUUUUUCAGCGUGCUUGGAAGAGCACGGCCACGCGUUUUGAAACCUGUACCUGAUAUCCAAGAAAUGUCUGAAAUCACAGCUAAGAUAAGGGUGUCUGAAAUACUAGGCAAGGCCAUCUAGGACUUGUGUCCUUUCAAGAAAAUCUCCUACAUACAGUGGCAAAAUCUAACACAACGUAAGUGAGGGCAACUGCAGAACCUGUAUGUGCUCACACCGAUGUUAAGGAAAUACGUUUCCUUAAAUGACACCGCUUUUAUGCUCAGACGUCCACUUUUCGCAGCAGUGUAACGGCCCUAUUUGUACGGCUUAAAUCACUUUAUUUCAUGACCUCACGAGCCACAGACGAGCCUCUUAUUGCCAGCAGUGUCGACGGGUCUUUUUAAAGCGAUACGGGAGGUUCUGCGGGAAAAUGACGAAAUUACAUAACUGCAGCGUUCGCCGACACUAGUAAUAAGAAAACCCGAGGAGAGCUACAUUGUGGCAAACGGGGCUGUAGCGCAGCCGGUAACACGCGGGCGUCUCGCGCGACGUUUCAGCACCGAGGACAGCGACGGGCGGCAGCGCCGUAAAUAAUAAAUGGCACAAGGAAAACACGCUCCUUGGAAGAAAAGCAGACAUUUUAUCCGUGUUGGCCAUGUUGCCUUCCUGACACCUAGAUCUGGACGGUUGGCGUCAAAGCCGCGAGAAACAACCAUCGCAAGACACGCGAGACACACCGGCGAAAAUAACUAGUCUAGGAUUAAAAUGAUCUGAUUAACAAGAUCAGAAAAACAAGGAAACUGUUGCGUUCAGUGUGAACUGCUUGUGAGUGUCAGGAAUCAAUGAGAAACGUAAAAGUUUGCAAAGGCGGUGGGGGUGGUGCGAGAGGCGGUGUGUUCGAACCCUGCUCAGUCUGUGUGGGUUUCCU